AUGCGCCUUUUCUCCCUGCUGACGCUGGCCGUCUACUUUGUCCCAACUCUAUUCUUCCUUGUCUCAGCGCAAAUCCCUCAUUCUCCACGCGAAAUCACCAAUGGCCUCGUCACUGCAAGAGACAAUUCCCCUCCAAGCACCACCACACAAGCCAAUGAUGGCAGCACAAUAACAGGCACGCUCAGCCAUGCGACAGCAGCAGCAGGUAACGCGACGAAGACGACCAACGCCACCAUCCCAGCCUCCACAACUUCAGCCUCGCUGAAUACGUCCGUGACAAGCAACGACAACAAGGCGCCCACCGAUCCGAAUGCUCUGCCAUUGCAACCCAAAGUCACGCCGGCGCUGGGUAUUGGUGGCUUUAUUCUCCUCGCUGCCGGCGCCGUGCUCGCGCUGAUUGGAAUUCAGAAUCUUUGGAUCCAAGUCUUCUUAUCCACGGCGUUCUUAACCAGUCUUGGGGUCACAGUCCUCAUCGUCUACGUGAUGAGCCCUCCAGUCCGAGUAGCCGUCCAGGGCGCAUACCUCGUCGCCAUCUUUCUCACCGGCGCAACGUUCGGGGCGCUCGCAAUCGUCUUCAAGGAGCUAACCGAGGGCCUUGGCUGUCUUUUAGGAGGAUUCUGCAGUAGCAUGUGGCUCCUCUCGCUGAAGCCGGGCGGUCUCUUGACGGACACCAACUCCAAGAGCGGGUUCAUCGGGGCGAUGUCUGCUGCUUUCUACGCCAUGUCUUUCAGUCACUAUACCCGCCCGUACGGACUGAUGGCCUCCACCGGGAUAUCAGGUGGUACGGCCGUAGCGCUGGGGAUUGACUGCUUCAGUCGCGCGGGGUUGAAAGAGUUCUGGCUUUACAUCUGGCACCUCAAUCCCGACAUCUUCCCGCUGGGCACCAGCACCUACCCAGUUACGCGCAACAUCCGCGUCGAACUCGCCGUCACGGUCAUCGUCGCCAUCCUGGGCGUCAUCUCCCAGCUCCGCCUGUGGAAGGUCGUCCGCGAACGCCGACGGAAGGAGAAAGAGAAGCGCGAUCAAGAGCGACAGCGACGUGAAGAAGCUGAGGCCGAGGUCGGCCGCAGACUGGAGGAGGAUAAUAUUCAGGAGCGGAAGGAGUGGGAGGCCAAGUACGGGGAUGGCUCUCCGUUGUCGAGCACGCCCGAGCUCGCCGGGGACGAGAAGCGCCCUAUCGAUGAGAUGGAUGCUAUGGAGAAGGGCGAUGCCGUCGAAGUCCACAGCAUAUCAGGCUCCUCAUACAGCUCAUAUCGGUGCUCGGACUGUCGGGAGCGGGGCGGGGACAGCGAUACAGAGUCACACACCUCGGAUGCUAGUGCUGGUAGUCGGGAUGGCGAGCAGCAGGGCGCGGGUGGGGAUAGCAGUAGUAGAAUCCCGCUGAAGGUGUUCGAUGGCGCGGCCGCGGCCCGCAUGAAGGAUGAUAAGAGCUCGGAUGUCGCCGCUCUCGUUGGCUCAGAAGCGGGGUCGGUGCGCUCGAGACGACUAUCGCGGUCCUCGGUUCUGGUGAAGGCCGAAGAGCAAUGUGGUGAGAUCCCUCGCUCGGAGUCGAAGGAGGCGCUGGCUUCUGUGGAUGGCACUGCUUCGUCUUCGAAUAGUGUCCCGGAUGCUGGUAGCGACCGCACGGCUGAGAGUCAUACCACACCAGGCCCAUACGAAGGAGAAGUGAAAGAGGGCUCAAAGCCACAGGUCAAGGAACUCACGGAAGCCAAAGAGCCUGCUAGUCAGGCUUUGCAGGAAGCGCAAGCAACAGACACACCUGUGGACGUCAAGGAAGGACCACAGGCCAAUGGGACGGAACAAUUGCCCCAGAAAGGGCCCACGAAUGAGCAAAACCAAGAACCUGAGCAGAAAGAAGGUCAGGCAAUGCCGCCAGCCGCCAGCGAGACCAGUGAUAACAAGCCCCAAGACGCCACACUAGAGAAACAGGUCGAAGAAGCAGAUGGAGAAAAGAGCCCCGCAUCAGGACAGACAGAAGAGAUUAGCCCAGAACAAGCACAGGUCUCCGAUAAGCCACACGAUAAGCAAACACGCGACGAGAAGGAGCCUAAUGAAGACGAAAAUUCCACGACUUCCAAAGCCAUCCCGGAAAACGCAAAGCGCAAGGAAGGAAAGAAGUCAUCGAAGAAGAAGUCGAAAACAUCUACGAAAUUGCGAACUGAAACUACCCCUCCGACGGAGAACAAACCUGACCAGCCUCUCAACAAUGACGAGGAAGGGCCCCAAGAAAGCUCUUUAGAGAAGCCACCACAAUCGACGACGACUUCCGAUAAGAAGGAGCAGGCAAACAUAGCAAUCCGCAGCAAGAGCACGGCAUCAAAUCGACCACACGAGAUCGAGCCGAAACCCCAAAAAGAGGAGCCUUCGGAGCCUCCCAAACUCAAUGAGAAGACAGUAAAGCAUCUUCCAAGGCAGACAUCUAAAGUAGUUCAGUCCUAUCGCACGAACGAGUGGGCGAAACACCUCGCCGACGCAGAAGUACCCGAGAUCGAGCCCAUCAAGCCCGUGGAAGAGGAGGAGCCCGAGGUUGUCCCCGAGGUGAACGAGGUUGCAGCGCCAGUCAACGUGGAGGAACUAUUGCUGACGCCGCUAAACGCGCAGCCGCCUCCGGCUGUAGAACGCAAGCCGAAAGACCUAUCCAGGUCGAAGAGCCACCGGGUACCAGGUGACCCGUAUCUACGCCGCGGUCUUCAUCCAAGCCGGUCGAAGAAGAAGGCAUCUUCUCCCCCCACAGAUCAACUGCAAUUGAGCAAUCCAACACACGUACCGCUCGUCCACGCCGUCGCAGCGGAACAGGCCAGAGAGGAGCCCGAGCCCCCCAAGCCACGGUGGAGAGGGCCGCCUCCGCUGAUCGCCGUGCGGGAGGACAUGAUGCGCAACCGGCUGUCGUCCUUCUCGCUGAACUUCGAUCCGUUCUCGCGGAACAGCUCGGGCUCGUGGCAGGCACCCCUCGACAGCCAGCCACCGCGAUACUCGUUCGCCGGCCCCGCCGCCCUCGACGAGACGGACGACAUGCCCCUCUCGCAACGCCGCACGCUGCUGCACCAACAAACCGUCCAAAGCCCCCCGCAGGCACACAUCCCGAACGCUGUAGUGCCCAGAAGAAACCUCAGCAACGGCCACUCACCAGGAAGCAACAUACCGGCGGCGAUGGCCGCCUGGCGCGAGUCGAUCCUCGAGGACCUCCGAGACAAGCAAAACCCGCUUGCGAAGCAGGACGGGCCCGUCAUCGCCACGGGAGUCGAUCGAAGCCCACCGUCCUACGGCCAGUCGCUGCAGCGGCACGGCUCGCUGGUCCACCACAGUCACACCGCGGCGGAGGGUCCGCCGCGCGGCGACAUGAGCGAUUUGCAUCGGGAGGCCAUGCGUCGCAUGCAGGCGAAGGCCAACCGGAAGUUCCCUUCGUGUAUUCUCUUGAUGGUUCAGGGAUGA